UGUCUGUCAGCCGCCAGGUGACCAUUAGGCCGAAACACACCUAAAAAUGACCGACCAAGGGGUGACAAACGAGGCUGCAGCCGCCGCGUGUAAAGAGGGAAGCUCCAUCACUAAAGACUUCAUGAUGCAGCAGACAAUGCUGCGGGUGAAGGAUCCGGUUAAAUCCCUGGAUUUCUACACACGGAUCCUGGGAAUGACGCUGUUACAGAAGUUUGAUUUCCCCUCGAUGCGCUUCACCCUCUACUUUCUGGGUUACGAAGAUAAGAAAGAGAUCCCUGCAGAUGUGAAGGAGAGGACGGCCUGGACGUUCUCCCGUAGAGCCACUAUAGAGCUCACUCAUAACUGGGGCUCAGAAACGGAUGACAGCCAGUCUUACCACAACGGCAACUCAGACCCAAGAGGCUUUGGCCAUAUUGGAAUUGCAGUACCGGAUGUCUAUGCUGCCUGCAAGCUAUUUGAAGAGAAUGGAGUGACCUUUGUAAAAAAGCCUGAUGAGGGUAAAAUGAAGGGUCUGGCCUUUAUCCAGGAUCCUGACGGUUACUGGAUUGAGAUUCUCAGCCCCAAUAACAUGGUGUCCAUCACUUCGUAAAGAUCAUUGUUAUGCUGUGACCUGAUCCGAAAAAACUAGCUAUAUAAAUAAAGGACAUAUGGGUGAUUUGAGGAAGGGUGGUUGCUCUCUGCAAAGCAGUGCAGUGAAGACUAACAGUGUUUACAUCUAACAAUAUAAUGCAACAAUGUCAUCAGAUAGUCACUUUUUGAAUGAAUGCAUUAGAGACCCUCAUUCAGUCAGCUCAAAGGGAUAGUUCACUCAAAAAUUAAACUAUUUACUCACAUUUAAGUAGUUCUACACUGUUAAACACAAAAGAAGAUAUUUUGAAGAAUGUUGGGGGGGAAAUCAGUCAUUGAUAUCUGUAGAACACAUUAAAAAAGAUGACUUUGCGCUUUAAAAUGAGCUGAAACUACAUAACUUUUGCGUUUUUUGGGGGGACAACUUAAUUGUUUUAUGUUCAGUCUACUAAAAUUUGUUAAGUUAACUUAAUUGAUUUAACAUAAACCACUGAAUUGUGUGGAAUCUUGCUUUUUUUUUUACAGUGUAUGAACACAAAAUACUAAGACAUAAAUCAAUGUCUGUUCAUUAUCAACAUUUUCUUUUUAUCUUUGUGUUCAACAGAGGAAAGAAACUCAAAGGAGUAAAUGAUAGCAGCAUUUACAGUUUUGAGUGUACUGUCUCUUUAAAUUACACUUUGUUAAAAUAGGAAUAUAUUUGAAAGGAUGUCAUUCUCCUCCUAAAGCUUCUACUUUGUCAAAAUAGAGUAUUUUUUAAGUUAAUACAAUACAUCCUUCAUAUCUGACCCUAAAACCCUGCCUAUAUUUGUUCAAAUAAACCAAGGAAAGUG